GACCGCCAUGCACUGUACUUGGUUCCUCCCUCUCUCCCCAUCUCCCUCUCCCUCUCCCUCUCUCUCUCUCUCUACAGACUCCGAGCCUCUCUUUCCUCUCUUGUAGCUCUUUUCUUCUUUUCCCCAUCUCCCUUAUUCCUCCCUAAACCCUAACUUUCUAGAAUUCUAACUCACCGUCGUUACCGCCAUGCGUAGUCCUCAAUGCUGCUUCUGUAGUAGGAGUGGUGGUGGUGGUGGUAAUAACAGUAGCAGUAAUUCUCCCAAGAAAGAGGACAGAUAGGGAGUUGGGUACUCGGUCUAUCCUCCAUCUCUGUCUAUCGUCUUACCCUGGGUGGGUUUUAUUCCCCCUUUGUUUAAUUUUAAUUUCAUUUCAUCUGAUUUUUUAUUACAUUAUCACACGGCUGGGACAUGGGUUGCGCCACCUCUAAGCUCGAUGACCUCCCGGCCGUCGCUCUCUGCCGCUACCGCUGCCAGUUCCUCGACGAAGCAAUCCGUCAAUGCUAUGCCUUCGCCGAUGCUCAUGUCGCUUAUAUCCGCUCACUCGAAAGGGUCGCCCUCUCCCUACACCGCCUCUUCCAUCAAGAAGAUGCCGAUAAUUCUGCCGCUGCCGCUCCACCUUCCCCGGUACUUCCUCUUGCCACCCAGAGAAAGGGUGAUCCCGUUGUACUUGCCCAUGAACCUUCCACUUCUCCCCGUCCCCCCGCUGCUGUAACUCAUCAUUCUCACUCCAAUUCAGGGUCGCAUCUUCACUUCAACUCGGAUUCCGACGAUGAUGGAUCUCUUCAUCACUCCAGCAAUUCUUCCCCAUUGCACGACUACAACAAUCAUCCACAGGAUUACGACAUGUUCGGUUCUUUUACCGCUGCCGGAUAUACGACCAUGAAUUUCAUGAAGAAUCAAGCCACGCCGUCUGUCUCAUACGAACAGCGGCCGAUGACCGAGACCGUAUAUGUGGGCGACUCUUCUUCUUACUAUUCAUACCCUUAUCCAUACCCUACCCCUCAUUCCUACUACGCUUACCCCCCUGAAAACCAUGGCUCCGGCUCCGGCCCCCCUCCGGGUGUCUAUGAUUCCUCCUCUCCUCCGCCUGCUGCGGCUCCGUCAUCCUCUUCCUCUUCGAAACCCCCUCCUCCUCCCUCGCCGCCGAGGAACUCGCUUUGGGAUUUCUUGAAUCUAUUCGAUACUACCGAGCGAUACUACCAUCCUUACACGCCUAGCCGUGACUCAAGGAAAGUGAGGGAGGAGGAAGGGAUCCCUGAUUUGGAAGACGAAGAGUACGGAGUUGCAAAAGAAGUGCAUGGAUUUCAGAAGCUUGUUGACACGAAAAAUACCGCUGAGGAUGAGAAUGCCAAGGGAAAUGUCAAGGAUGGGACAAUCCACCAAACAAAGCCGAGUGCGUCGAAGGACAAGGACGGUUUGGAGUAUGAAGUUCAUAUGGUGGACAAGAAUGUGGUUUCCAAUGAGCAGCGGAUCGACGAUCAGGCCAACAAUGUGGUUAAGCCCCGACCUGUCUCACAGUCUGCUUCUGAGGUUGUCACCAUAAUUAAGGUUCAGUUCGAGAGAGCUUCUGUGUCGGGCAAUGAGGUUUCCAAGAUUCUCGAAGCGGGGAAGCUUCCGUAUCACCGGAAAAAUGCUGUAUAUCAGGUGUCCUCCAGGAUGUUGCAUGUAAUUACUCCAUCUCUGUCAAUAGUAGCAGCACAGCCUUCUACAUCCAAAAAUGCGGCAUCCUCAUCCUCCUCUGAGAAGGCUGGUCCUGUUUACUUGGAGUUCGAAGAAGAUGUAGGGAUUCUCUCAGGGAAUCUUUCUUCUACCUUGAAAAAACUAUUCAUGUGGGAGAAAAAACUGCUUGAUGAAAUCAAGGAGGAAGAGAAGACACGGCUUGUUCAUGAAAGGAAGUCUCGACAGCUGAAACAUUUGGAUGAGAAGGGUGCUGAAUCUCAUAAAGUUGACUCUACUCGAACCACUGUCAAGAAUUUAUCUACAAAAAUUAAAAUUGCAAUCGAGUUUGUUGACAGGAUAUCGAAUAAGAUAAGCAAGUUGAGGGAUGAAGAGUUGUGGCCACAGAUCAAUGAAUUAAUUCAAGGGUUACUUAAUAUGUGGAAAGUCAUGCUUGAAUGCCAUCAGAAUCAGUGUCAGGUCAUUGUAGAGGCUAAAAACUUAGAUGCUAUUGUAUUUAACAGAAAGCUUAGCUCUGCUCAACUUGAAGCCACAGUGCAGUUCCAACAUGAGCUUCUAAACUGGAUUUCAAACUUCUCCGGUUGGAUCAGUGCACAGAAGGGCUUUGUUGAUUCCUUGAAUGGUUGGCUUUUGAAGUGUCUCCACUAUGAACCAGAAGAGACCCCUGAUGGAAUGGCUCCCUUUUCUCCUGGUAGAAUUGGUGCACCUCUUAUUUUUGUAAUUUGUCACCAGUGGUCUCAAGCAUUGGAAGGAAUUUCAGAGAGGGAAGUGGUUGAAGCCAUGUGUGGUUUUGCCCUAAGUGUGAAACACAAUAUAGAUGUCUGCCAAAGAAUGAUAGUUCAUGGGGAUGUGGAGGGGAAAGUUAAGACCUUGGAUAGAGAGGAACUGAAGAUGCAAAAGGCAAUUCAGGCACUUAACAAGAAGAUGGUUCUAGUUUGUGAGCAGGAAAAUGUUAUUGUUGUGCAUCAGGGUGACAUUACUAAUGGGAGUCUUCAGUUAGGUCUGAAAAAGAUUUUUGAUGCCAUGGAAAAGUUCAUUGCAGAUUCCUUUCAAGCUUAUGAGGAUCUCCGUGUACGUAGUGAAGAUAGGUUUGCUCAAGAGAAAGCAAAAGUUCCAUAGAAAGACUCUAGGACUAAAUCAUUUCUGCCCCUUUUGCAGUUGCUAGCUGGUUCCCUGAUUUCUAUGCUUGGCACAGUGACGAGUGUCAAGAGGUUUGAGUACUUCGGGAUUUUCAGCUGGGAUCCAAGAGCAAGAUCCUUGGUUUUGGUGCAGAAUUUAAUUUCCUCGGAAAGAUAUUUUAUUUCAUUUUUUGGGUUGGUUAAACCUUCAUCCUUUGACUGGUUCAAGAGGGUUCAUGAUCUUGGUGGUCUUAAUUGUGGAUCUAUUAUUAGGGGACAUGCUCUUUUUCAACCCUUAAGCAAAUAUAUAUCAAUAUAUGUCUGCAUAGGGGGCAGCAUUACAUGUCGAGAAAAUAUGGAUAUGAAAAACUCAUGAAGGCUGUCUUGUUACGUUCCCAGGAGAUGCAUAAUUGUGAAUUUUGUGACUGAAACCGCACCAUGUUAUGUGAGGCAUAAUUGGCACCUGUCCAGUUCUAAUUCUUCCGAGCAGUUGUUGUAUGGUAACCAAGGAGAUAUGAGACAUAAUUGGAGUAAGUUCAUGGUGGGAUUAUGUGAUCAACCUAAGCUUCAUUAGCUUUGUGGUUACAAUGUUGUGAUUCUAGUACACCACCACGAAGGAUUGAGACUUGUGCUCCCUUAGUUCUCUUUCUGCUCUGCUAGGUUUGUUAUCUUUGCAGCCAGGGUGGGGACUUUGCUGAUUCAUUUCUGGCCUCUCGCAUGAACACGUGGUUGAAGCAAGGUUGUUGAACUUCAAGGGAAGGACUGCCACAAAUUUUCCCUGGGACUGGACCUUCAGGUUUUUGUAUUUAGGGAUCAUCUAGUUUGACACAAGUUAGUAGGUACUUACUGCCUGUCUGGAAGCGCAAUCUUGUCUUGUAUUAUAAUGAGCAUAUAUAUAUAUAAUUUUUUUUUGCUUGAUUUUGUUCAAGUUUGUUGUACAGAAAAUCCUGAGAGCUGAAGUGUAUUAUUUACAAGGAA